CCGCGUUCAGCCUCGGUUACUUCACUACCUGCUGCAGCCUGUUGUCUCUGUGUCUCUGUGACUGAUGGUUGACUCCUCUACUCCUCUAUGUUGAAAUUUAAACAUAUAACGGAGAGAAAAAAGAGGAAAUGAGUGUUUCCGUGGUCGCUUCUUCUGCUUUGGUGACUUUAAUAGAGUAGGACCUUCGGAGGAUAUAGCAUCACAUCACAGAGAGAGGUCAGAGGUCAGUAAAGGCUCCUGACUCCUCUUGCAGGUGAGAUGAGGGACCGAAUAAGUGAGCUGCAGACCUUCAAGCCCGCCGUGGAGGAGAACCACAACCCCACCACCGAGGAUGAGGACCUGGAGCAACAGGCCAUUGUGUUUGAGGGCGAGGACGUGAUGGACGGCAUCUACAGGGACGCCCAGGCGAUGAGGAAGGAGAUGCUGCUUCUCAAACUGGACGUGAAGCGUCUCGGGAAGCAGAACACCAGGUUCCUCACAUCCGUCCGGAGGAUCAGCAGCAUCAAGCGGGACUCCAACGCUCUCGGGCGAGACAUCAAGGCCAGAGGGGAGGCCAUUUACAAUCGGCUGGGGAAGCUGGGGAAGUUGAGCAAAGAGCUGGAGGAGGAGCACGGGCCGACAUCUGCUUUGUCUCGCAUGGUGCGUUCACAGUUUAUCUCUCUAACCAACGCCUUCCACGACGCCAUGUCCGAGUACAACGAGGCCGAGAUGGUCCAGAGGGAGAACUGCAAGACCCGCAUCCAGAGGCAGGCAGAGAUCAUGGGCAAGGAGGUGAGCAGGGAGCAGAUUGACGAGAUGAUCGAGACGGGCAAGUGGAACGUCUUCUCGGAUAAUCUCCUCCUGGAGGGGAGGACUGCCAGAUCGGCCCUCAAUGAGAUCGAGACCCGGCACAAGGAGCUGCUGGAGCUGGAGGGCCGCAUCCGGGACAUCCAUGACCUCUUCUCCCAGAUGGCCCUGCUGGUGGAGGAGCAGGGCUUCAUGCUGGACAAUAUAGAAGCAAAUGUGGGCGCGACUCAGGACUAUAUCGUCAAGGCUACGGUUCAGAUCAAGAAGGCUGUGAAAUACAAGAAAAACAAUCCAUGCAAGAAACUCUUUUGUUGCUGCUGCCCUUGCUGCUAAUGAGACAGCAUCAGUGUUAUUUCUAUUGGAUUCAAAUCAGCUUCCUAUGCAAAGAUGCCGUGUAAUAUAUAUCGCUUUAGUUUGUGUAUUUAUUUAGCUCAAAUGAAGCUUCAUUUUUAAGCAGUAGCAGAGUCCAAAUUUCACACAUCUAGUGUAGUUCGAGCUGGUCCGAGAAACCACACGCCCAUAUGCAAAUGUACAUAGUGAGAUACGGGUGUUAUAUUUCCUGAUAGUUACUGAGAACAGCGUUUGCAUGAUAACUGUUAAAAAAAAACUUGCAGCUUUGUCCUUCAAAAUUCAGCUUUGUAAUGUUAUAUGAGAUAUUUAAGCAAUGUAAAUAAAUAUAUAUUGGCUAGUUUUCUGGAAACUGUAAACUUUGAAGAGGUGUAUUUCUUAUUAAGAUAAGAUAAGAUAUUCCUUUAUUAAUCCCGCAGCGGGGAAAUGUGCAGUGUACAGCAGAAGAGGGGAUAGUGCAAAAAACAAGAUGCAUCAGCUAACACAGUAAAAAAAGAGCUUAGCAAAUAAUGAACCAUUUAAAUAGAAGGAAGUGUAAAAAUAGGUGCAGUAUAUACAGUAUUGACAAUAAACAGACUAUUAACAAAAUUGCACAAGUGGAAAAUGAUUUUGCAGCAAUUGCUUAACAAGCCUUGAGAAACAAACUGCACACGACACGGCCUCUGAUUGUGGUUAGCCGGGGAGGCGAGAUAGAUUUGUGUGGAUUGUGCAACGACAUGUCGGCCCACCCCCAUGUAUAGUUAUCACCAGCUUAUAGGCUGCAUGUGUUUCUCAAGAUGUGUUGCUUCACAUGACAGAAAACUAUCUUUGUAUUGCCUCCACUUUUCAGAGAUUAAACUGUCAUCUUUCAGCCCUGUUGCUCCUCUGUUUAUGCCACUAUCACACGGUCAAAGUCAAUCAGAUGUGCAUCAGGUUUUCUCAGAUUGUUCCAUAUAAAAGGACGCCAGAAUCAAUGUGUACAUGGCUAUUUGCUCAGGUGGUCAAUAGAGAAUGAGAAACUAAUCAGGUCAGAGUACUCUCUGUUUGCACAGAAGGCCUAUCUCAUUGUUUGAAUGUCAUGAUAGUAAAAUUUAAAAAUAA